AUGCGUCAAUCGUCGGAGAUCUUAUCGAUUAUCUUAAUGAAUCCUGGACACAGUUUCACGCCACUGGCAAAGAGACAGCUUUUGGCUGCUGGCUUUGAUCUCCUUAGUGAAAACGACGACUGGAAGCUCAAACCUGGUGGUCGUUACUUCUUUACACGAAACAUGUCUUGUUUGGUUGCUUUUGCUGUCGGAGAAAAGUAUGUUCCUGCUAAUGGUUUUCAUGCCAUAGCUGCUCACACCGAUAGUCCGUGUCUUAAACUUAAACCAAAGUCAGCUUCGUCCAAGUCUGGUUAUUUAAUGGUGAAUGUUCAGACUUAUGGAGGUGGUUUGUGGCAUACAUGGUUUGAUCGAGACUUGAGUGUUGCGGGGAGAGCAAUUGUGAGAGCCAGCGAUGGUUCGUUUGUUCAUAGGCUUGUCAAAGUGAAAAGGCCGUUGCUACGAGUGCCUACUUUGGCCAUUCAUCUUGAUCGCACAGUGAACAGUGAUGGAUUUAAACCGAAUUUGGAGACCCAACUUGUUCCGCUACUGGCAACGAAACCAGAUGAAACAUCAGCAGAGUCGAAGGACAAAAAUGUAUCUCCAUCUUCCAAAGAUGCUCAUCAUCCAUUACUCAUGCAGAUCUUGUCAGAUGACCUGGACUGUAAGGUUGAGGACAUAGUGAGUCUUGAGUUAAAUAUCUGUGACACCCAACCUAGCUGCCUUGGAGGAGCAAAGAACGAGUUCAUAUUCUCGGGGAGAUUAGAUAAUCUUGCAUCAAGUUUCUGUGCUUUGAGAGCUCUCAUUGAUUCAUGUGAAUCAUCGGAAAGCCUGUCGAAUGAACAUAAUAUUAGGAUGAUAGCUUUAUUUGACAACGAGGAGGUAGGUUCAGAUUCAUGCCAAGGUGCAGGAGCACCCACUAUGUUUCAAGCAAUGAGACGGAUUGUGAGUUCCCUAGGCAACGACCAGGUCACCGAGUGUACCUUUGACCGUGCUAUCCGGAAAUCUUUUCUUGUGUCUGCAGAUAUGGCUCAUGGGGUUCACCCAAACUUUGCAGAGAAGCAUGAAGAGAAUCACCGUCCUCAAAUACACAAAGGUCUGGUUAUCAAACAUAACGCAAACCAACGAUAUGCAACCAGUGGGAUCACUUCAUUUCUUUUCAAAGAAGUAGCAAAGCUCCAUGAUCUUCCAAUUCAGGAGUUUGUGGUGAGAAACGAUAUGGGAUGUGGCUCAACAAUAGGACCUAUAUUGGCUUCAGGAGUCGGGAUUCGUACUGUUGAUUGUGGCAUAGCUCAGCUUUCCAUGCAUAGUGUGAGAGAAAUUUGUGGAACAGGCGAUAUAGACAUUGCGUACAGACAUUUCAAGGCGUUUUAUCGGUCUUUCUCAAGCGUAGACAGGAAGCUUGUGGUCGAUGAUUAG